CCCGUGUUCUCGUUGUCUUCCCACACCCACCUAAACAAUGGUCACCACACGCGCGGGGUCGCAGCAUACGAGCAGCACGAGCAGCAGCACGCCGACCGUGACCGGGCCGGCAGCGGACCCGAACCGCAUCAUUGCGAUCGUGACUGGGUCCAACUCCGGCUUCGGUCUCGGCCUGUGCCAUUCGCUGCUGGCCAACCUCUCGACCGCGGAUGCGCCCGUGCCCAUCGCUGUCCCGCAGGCGUCUGCGCUCGCCCCGGCGCUGCGAGACAAGCUGGCGACGCCAAAGGGCGAGGCGGCAGCGCUCGAGUCGGCCGUCAUCCGCGCUCCGCACCCGGCGCUGACGCUCGUGCUCGCCGUGCGCUCCGAGGCGAACGCGCUCGAUGCACGCACCGCCAUCCUUGCGCGCCACCGGGCCGACCUCGCGAAGCGGCGCGCGAACGGCGUCGCUGUGCCCGAGGGCUGGGAGGAGAACCUCAGAGUCGAGUACGAGCUCGUCGACCUCGACCAGGUCGGCGGAGACCGCGGCGUGCUCGCGUUCGCUGAGCGCGUCCGCCGCCGGUACCCGCACGUCACGAGCCUGUUCCUCAACGCCGGCUACGCGGCCAUCACACAGGUCGUCAUCCCUCGCUUCAUGUGGAGCAUUGUGACCGACGGCCCGAUGUACGCCCUCCACCACCCGCGGUACAACAUCGAGGAGGUCGGCGCGCGGUCUGCCGACGGGGAGCGCGGCCGUGUGUGGGGGAUCAACGUGCUGGCGCCUUAUAUUCUGUCGAAGGAACUUGCCCCAACCCUCCGCGCAUCGCCGAAGUCGCUGCCAUACGACCCCCGCAUCGUGUACACCUCGUCGAUCGAGGCCGAGGCCGAGGGCCUCAGCGCCAACCCUCUCGACGACGUCCAGCUGCUCGAGUACGAGACGUCGUACCGCGCGUCCAAGUACAUGGGCGACUUGGUGGUCACUCAGCUCGAUGCCGAGCUGGGCAACGACGCCGAACGCCCGAUCCGCGUCAUCUCUGCCGAGCCAGGCUGCGUAGCGACCAACAUUGCCGUCUCGGGUCUGGGUGCGUGGCAGUGGCUUGUGCAGGUCAAGUGGUUGUGCUACUGGCUGUCGUUCUACCUGGCCUAUCUGUUCGGGUCGCCGCACCACCCAGUGUGGGCUUCUGACGGCGCCGCGCCGAUGCUGUAUGCCGCGCUCGUGGGCAGCGCGUACCUCCUCCCGGCGUCCAAGCUCGCCGGACCAAAGCUGCACGUCGUCGCGCGCCGCUUCCGCUCCCCAGGAGUAAAGUAUGGCGAGGUCGACGAGUGGGAGUCGCACGCGGACGUUGCGGCCGGCGUCGUAAAGACCUGCGAAACAAUACGCCGCGAAUGGCACGAGCGCCAGCAGUGAGAAGAUGCAUAGACUUGUUUUGUU